UCGCGUUGAAAGGAGUGUUGCUUUACGUCUGCUGUGUGAUAGGGACGUAGAUGGCGGAUUGAGUCGUCGUCGUUGUUGUUAUUGUUUCAGUCUAAGGCCUAAGGGAUGGAUAAGAAGAAGAAGGUGCUGGAUGUGACGGCGGCCUCGCUAGUGGACUUGAAAGCUGAACUCUUUCGUAAACAAGAGGAAUUCAAGCAUGAAAAGCUCGCCAAAGCGGCUGGGGUCGUUCCAAAGCCCAGAGCAACCCUGAAGAAACCAAACAUUUGGAGCAAGCAGAAUACAGGUGUCACUGCUCGAGCCGAGAAAGAUGUGGAGGAGAAGACUGAAGAAGAUGACUCGCUGGAGAAAUCCAGGAAGAAGUUAGAGGAGAAGGCUCAAUUGUACGAGAAGAUGACCAUAGGAGAUUUUCCUGAUGAGGAGACUGAAGAGCUCUACCUGGUUGACUUUGCACAGAAGAUCAUAGACAAGAAGAAAGAAAUUCAGAACUUCUGCCAGAAGGAAAGAAAGCAAGCACAGGUCGAGGAGGAAGAGAAGAUGCCCGAUCUCCCCAUUCCAGCGCCGCAGAACCCUGGAGAAGAAUGGGUUGAUUAUGUAGACUCCCUUGGCCGCUCAAGACGUUGUAUGAAGAAAGAUUUACCCGGUCUUUUAAAAAUGGAUAAAGAUCUGCAAGGAAAAAAACCAGUCACACAGGAUAAGACAUUGCUGUCUGAAGACAUGAGGAGGGAGAUGCAAAGACACCAGUGGGAGCAAGAAGAAGAAGAAGCUUUGAAGAGACCGAUGGGACCAAUGCAUUAUGAAGACAUAAGAGACCAUGAGGCCAGACAACUAGGUGUUGGCUACUUUUCUUUUGCGCGGGAUGAGCAAACUCGUCAGAAGCAGAUGGACACCUUGAAUAUGUUGCGAGAUCAGACUGAAGAUCAGAGGGUGAAGCGAGAGAAUUUAAAAGCCAAACGUAAGGCAAUGCUGGAUGCCAGACUUUCAAAAUUACGACAGAGGAAAAUGAAGCAAAUGAAAGGGGAAGGAAUCGAACUAGAGACAGGUCAGGAUGAAGAAGAGGAAAACAAAGUGAUUGGACCAGAGCCGGUGGUUCCAGUGGAACAUGAGAAGAAAGUUGAGGUAGUUGUCCAGGAGCGGAAAGACACCAAACCCGGAGCUCCACACAUCAGAGAGUGGGACAGAGGCAAAGAAUUUACAUUUGGGCGAUGGUCAAAAGUCUGUGAAGACCUAAGAAAUGAGCGAGAGCCUGAAUUUGCUCCUCCAUCUUUCUAUGCUUUAGAUCAAGCAAAAUCGGAGAAGUAUCAGAACACUAAGUGGAAGCAAACAGCUCCCUCUCCUGAAGCAGCAGGUUUUGGUCACACACACAACUAUUGCUCACCGGAAGAUCCAGGCCCCCACCAACAAAAGCCCUUGGAUGAGAAGAGCUUAGAUGAGAUGUUGUCGUAUUAUAGAAGUGUUACCUGAUUCCAUUGUGGAAGCUGGACUAUUAAUUGUGUACAGAGAGAACAGAGAAUCAAUUAAAUUAUUUUAGAAAAAAA